CAUGAAUUAUUAAGAACAUUAAGGUGGUGCAUUCAUCGAUGUUAACCAAGUGGAACGAUUUGAUUUAAAAACAAAAAAGCGUAGAAAACUUACAUGUUUUUGGUAGAAAUGGGGCCUCAGAGGCCAUGGUUGGCGUUUCUUCUCGUAACAUUUUGUCUUUUUCAAACAAGUAACACAGAAUCUGAAAGAAGAGGAGAAAUGGUAAAAUUUAGUCACGUAGGAAAGGACGUUUCGAAGAAGUCUAGUAUACACAAUCCUCAAAUUGAUGGCGAUGCAGUGGAGGAAACGGGAAGAACACGAAUGUUGGCUCCAGGAUUUUACUCGCAGGAAUGUAAUUUUCAUAAGGAAUGUGAAGAAGGAAAAUAUUGUCACAUGUUCCUGUGUGUACAUUGUUUGAAAGAGAACGUAGCGUGUACUCAAAAUGGACAAUGUUGUAAGGGACAGUGUGUAUAUGGAAGAUGUAAAAAAGACGGAGCUAGUGGUUCACCUGGAACAUUUUGUGAUCGACACGAGGAUUGUAAAGACCCUCCAGGAACAUGUUGUGUUAGGGAACCAUCAAUCAAUCCACAUAUAUCCAUUUGUAAACCACCGUUGAAAAAAGACAUGGUCUGUGGUCCCAUUAAUUUCUUCAGAACAGUUUAUAUUGGUGCUGAGGUUCAGACGGCCUGCGGUCCUUGUGAAAAAGAACUCGUAUGUAAACAAGUUGGAAUUUUUGGUGUGCAUGAAAUCUGCGUGGAUCCAAAGACAGAUUGAUUGCUAUUUGGGCGCACAGAAAAAUGCAGAAUUCAUGGAAGAAGUUAAAGAAUUGUAUAUAAACACUUUAUUAACAGCCAUGUAUGGUGCGAGCCGUCCAUAUAAAUUGCCUACUUUGCUUGCUCAUCUGGGUGACCUUGUGUACAGUACCCAUGUAAAAUGUCAAACUUUACGUAAUGAAAAUUAGGUCUAAAACCUAAUGGUGAAGAAUUUAUAUCACGAGUUUUUUUGUUAUCUUUGACAUUAUCGUGGAAAUAAAAUGGAAGUAUUAUAAAAAAGAAACUAAGCAAUGAA